AUGUGUGAAGUCGUGACAAUCGAUUGGCUCGGUAUCAGCGAUCCGGAAGAAAAAGAUACCAUGAAGGUGGUUUGCAAGCGAGGAUCUCGCCUCAUAUUCAUACACUUUGGCGUCCUUUUACCCGUCUUCGCUUGCUAUGCACUCGGACCGGUAGCUUUGCCGUAUGUGCUUAAUCCUUACUUGCCGGAAAACAUGACUCUCCAGAAAACCCUCUGCGUUCACGUUGAGCUGUUUAUCGAUCAGGAAAAAUACUUUUACUAUAUUCUCGCCUUCAGCAUUCAUAUACUUACCUUAGUCAUGCUUAUUAUAUGUGCGUUGGAUUUGGCCUACACGUCCUGCAUUACUUACGUCAUGGGCAAGAUUAUAUGGAUUGGAUAUGUUUUUGAAAAACUUUGUGAAAUAAAAACUUCUAAUCAAAAUCUAAGUGCGAAACGAAAAAUAGAUAUUUAUGUGCAUCAAACUGUUAUUGGAUUGAUUAAACGACAUCAAAAGUGCUUGGAAUUUUCUCAAACAUUGAAUGAUGCUUGUAGUCCUAAGUUCAUUAUUGUCAUGUCAGGCUUCAUGAUUUGUUUGAGUUUAUCAGGAUCUAUGGCGGUUGUUGAAAUAUCGUAUGAUGCUAUUAGUGCUGCUAAAAUGGCAGUUUCUUUUGUAUUAAUAUUAAUCCUUGUAAUAGUCAUCUGUUACCCAAGCCAAUUGCUGAUUGAUGCCAGCAAUGAAAUAUAUUUCAAAUGCUAUUGCAGCAAAUGGUAUGAGUAUCCGGUAAGAACUAGAAAGCUAUUGAUUUUGAUGAUGACAAGGGCAGCUGAACCUUGCUGCAUGACGAUUGGGCCCACGAUGCCCCUAAACUUUGAGACAGCUGGCGUUGUGAGUAAUGAUAGACAUAAAAUAUCGUUCUAA